UAUAAAUGAUAAAAUUAAUGCUUUCUCAAUUUGUGAUUUAUAAUUGUGUUCGUAAAUAUACCAUAUUGCAUGAUUUAUCCAUAUUUUACGAAGAAGUUUGAAAAUGCAAGAAAUUUAUGAAAAUCUGCGCAGAGCAAUUGAGCACGGACGUACAGAUAUUGUAAUGUCUAUUUUGGAUGCAUGUGAUGAAAAUGAGAUUAGUAAUGGAAUUACAAAAGAUAAAAUUUUAAAUGGACCAAUAUUUGAAGAAGGUACUCCACUAUUAUAUGCUUCUAUACAUAAUCAAGUUGAUUUAGUAAGAACAUUAUUGAAUUGUGGAGCUGAUCCAGCUGUUACAAAUAUGCAAGGUCUUAAUGCAUUAGAAGUAUCUAUAAAUGAUAAAAUUAGACAAAUUUAUAUUGAAGAACUUUUAAGAGCUACAGCAGCAUCUGAAAUAUCAAGAGUACAACAACUACUAUCUGUUGGUAUAAAUGUGAAUUCCUGGGAUUCAAAAGUUAGUAGAAACACUCCUUUACACUGGGCUGCUUGCUAUAGUAAUAAAGACAUGGUACAAUAUUUAAUAGAUAAAGGUGCAGAUAUAAAUAUGGAAAAUGGUUGUGGCACGACACCAUUACAUGAAGCAGUAAAUCGUGGUGAAAUCGAAAUAUGUCAAAUAUUAUUAAAAAGUGGUUCAAAUCCUUUUAUUCGUGCAAUUAAAGGAACAUUUUCUGGAAAAUCAGCAUAUGAUAUUGCAAAAAAUAACAGCUCAAUCGAAUGCUUAAUAGAAAAAUAUCUGGUAGAAAUGCCAUUGAAAGAUAAAGAAAAUGUGCAUAAUUGUUUAGAACUUGUAGAAGAUACAAAUUUCUCUCAAAAAAAUAUUUUAGUUGAUAUACAUCAACCUCUUACUGUUGAUUCUAUAAAAUCUUUAGAAAAUAGUUUAGAAGUUUCAGCAUCUGCGGGUGAUUCAAGAGAAUCGGGUAGUGAUAGUCCAUUACGAAUACAACGUUCUAUUGCAAAUACUGGAUUAUAUGAGAUGAUUUGGCCUGAACCAAAGUAUAUUAUUGAGCUUGGACAUAUUUCACCUCCAUUUAUUGUUGAAAAAGAGCUUUUAAUUUCUAUUAUACAAGGUAGUGAAUCUAUACAUAAAAUAUUAGAUGUUUGGGAAAUUAGUCGAACUCAUUUAUUAGAAUUAGGCUGUGACGUAAAAAUUGGAGAAGUGCAACCACAAUCUGGAAGGAUUUCAUAUGAUAAAAGAAUUGAAUGCAUAGUUAACCCAAAGUUAUUUAAUGUCACAACAGGUUAUCAAUUACAUAUUACACAAAAUUCAAUUAAAGUUAGUGCUGGUAGUCUGGCAGGUUUACAUUAUGCAGUUUGUACCUUUGUACAAAUAUUACGAUUAUGUAAAAAUCGGUCUAAUAAUACAGAAAUUUGUGAAAUUGAAGCAGUAUUAAUCAAAGACGAACCAAGAUUUGGUCAUAGAGGUAUACUAUUGGACAUUUCUUUAAGAGGUCGUACACCUACACUAGAGUACUUAUUACAUGCCAUUGAUGUUUGGUGUUCCUUCAAAUUAUCUCAUUUACACCUUUAUUUUCGAUUAACGCCAAGUUGUGAUUGGCAAUUUUGUUAUUCAAAAUCAGAAAUGGUAACUCUUGAUAGAUAUUGCAGAGAUCGAUACUUAGAAUUAGUACCAGCAUUAGAUGUAGAUUCUAACGUGAGUCUUCAACAUUUAUCACAAAUGUGGCCACUUUUUCAAGAAUUACUAACUACAUUUCCAAAUGUAAAUUAUGUACAUAUAGGUCCUAGAUUAGCUAGUAUAUUAGUACAACCAAGUAAUUUUGAUUGCUCUUUAUCAAUAGAUGAAACUAUAGAAAGAGAUAUGUCUGAAGUACUCGAACCUUAUUCUAAUCUUCAACAACUUUGGCAUAUUUUGAAUUUAAAUUUUGAUACAACAGUCUUACUGUGUUCUAAUGGUUUACAUAGUAAAUUAGAAUUUCGUAGCAUACCUAAUAAUAUUAUACUUGUGGAGUAUGGCUUUCAGGCAGAUUACGAAUUUUCCAAUUGGACAGAAGCUUUUAGAGUUGCAGGUGCAAAUAUUUUACCUAGCUCAGGAACUGCAAGUUAUAAUAGUUUAGCUGGUUGUCCAGCUUCAACUUAUGCUAAUACAAAAAAUGCCAUCAAAACUGCUCAAGAGCAAGACUCUAUUGGAAUUGUAGUUGCCCAUUGGUCUGGUAGUCAUUAUUUAACAUCUCACACAUUUGCUUGGGUUGGUUAUAUUAUAGCUGCUGGUUUAUCCUGGAAUCCAAGUACAGAUAUUGAUUUAGAGCCUUCAAUUGAUUUUUAUGAUACUCGUGAAUCAAUUGGUAAUAACAGUAAAAAAUCUAUAGCUAGAAUAUUAGAUACAUAUGUAUUCCGAGAUUUGGAAUACAAAAUUGGCAGUGCAAUUCUUGAACUUGGACGAGUUGAUACUUUAGUUUUAACAGUAAGUAAAAAUCAAGACAUUAACGAUCUUCAACAAAUACCUGAUAAUCGUGGUUCAACUUUGUAUAGAUUGUUAACAGACCCAGAUAAUGUUAAUCUCGAAUAUUUACCUAUUGAUUUAUUCAUGAGAGCAACUAAACAAAUUAAACGAGUAUCUCAUGCUUUGUAUGAAGCUAAUCCAACAUCAAAAUUUGCUUUCAUGGAAAUUCAAGAAUUACAGUUAGCUGCAGAUUUGAUUUUAACAGCAUGUAAAAUAGGCAAAACUUUAAUUGGUGUUGGUAUUAAUCCAAAUAGUAACAUGGGAUUAGCUGUUAUAAAUUUAGGUGUAAAUAAUUUACCUCCAACUUUUAGAACUGACAUAGCUAAUAAAAUGUUAGCUCAUAUUGAACGAUAUAAAGGUGUGUGGUUACAAAGACAUUUGCCACAAGGACUUCAAACUUCCUUAUUAAUUUUGACCAGUGCUUUACAUAGAUUUGUGCCUGAAUCUUAAAUUUUAUAAGAUCAUUAUGAUUUUUAUAAUAAAAAUAGUUAAUUUAAUUAUAUUCGAUAUAUUAUACUAUACUAAACUUUCCUUGUUGCUAAAUUUUAUACUGAA